CAAAAUUUCAUGUCAUUUAAAAAAUUACGGCCCGUACGUAAAUAACAAAUAGUUGACUGCUGUGCUGUGCUGUGGUGGUGGUGCUCGCGCUUGACUAUAACGAAAACGAAAGUGUUAAAUAUACAAUACAUACAAAUAUAUUGAACGUCUAAAUAAUAGAGUGUUAAAAUGAAAGCGUUCGUCGUAGCCGGUAUUUGCUUGAUUAGCAUUGUUAGCUUAAGCUCUGCACAAUUCUCCAAUGGACGCGUUUUGGAUCCACCAAAUCCACAAUUGUGCGCUCAAAGGAUUAUACACGAAAAGACACCCGAUGGCAAAGGCUACUUCUUCUCGUGGCGCGAUCCACAAUUGAAGGGUGUGGAAGAAGAUUGGUUGACAGCCAGAAACUUCUGUCGCAGACGUUGCAUGGACUCAGUUUCAUUGGAAACUAGCUUAGAAAAUGAAUGGAUAAAGCAACGUGUUGUAAACGAAAAUGUGAAAUAUAUCUGGACCAGUGGUCGCCUGUGUGACUUCAAGGGUUGUGACCGUCCCGAUUUGCAGCCCGUCAACGUCAACGGCUGGUUCUGGACCGCUACUCUGCAAAAAUUGGCCCCAACUUCCGAACGCUCACAGGGUGAUUGGUCACCAAACGGCGGUAUUGGUCUGCCUCAGCCCGACAACCGUGAAUACAAACAGAACGGUGCUCCCGAAAAUUGCGUGGCAUUGCUCAACCAGUUCUACAAUGACGGUGUCAACUGGCACGACGUCGCCUGCCAUCACAAGAAACCAUUCGUGUGCGAGGAAAACGAUGCCCUGCUGAAGUAUGUGCGCUAUACAAACCCAAAUUUGCGCAUUUAAAUGUGUCGCUGUUGGAGGAUGUGCAGCAUAUUGUGAAAUUGCUGGAGUGAAACCAAAAAUGUUUUCUAUCAUAUAAAAUGUUAAUCUAUUAGCGCAGAUACUCGUAGGAGCAAUGCAUAUUUUCAUUUUUGUCUUGUUUAUAUUUCUCUAUUCUCUGUCGUCCUGUUUCUAGCAACUAAAAUAUAGCAAAAUUGAUGAGUGUUCAUAUGUAUAAAUAUACAAAUUAAUGCUUAAUUGUAUGUGUAUACAAGAGCAUGCCUUUGAAGAUUUUACGCUUUCUGAUUUUUAUGUUACUUUCUUAUACUCUCAUUGUUUAGUUAAAUAAUAUUUUUGUAUUAAUUUAUGAUUAUAAUAUAUAUAAACGUCGAAAAAUA